AUGGUCGGACCUCCAAACAAGCGGCAGAAACGCGAAGAGUACAAAAAGACCCAAGGGGGCUUCAAGACAGGAGGAGCAAACGGCCGCCCUGCAAGCGAGCAGCAGAUCAAAUUACCCAAGAAAAAGUUCUACCGACAACGAGCUCAUGCAAACCCUUUCUCAGACCAUGCUUUGGCGUACCCCGCGAGUCCUGCCGACAUGGACUGGACGAGUCACUAUCCGGCCUUUGUGAGCACUCCAAGUCCGGGUCGGACUGAAAGCGGUGGGACACCACCCAGCAUGACGCGGAGUGUUGAAAUCGCAGAUAUCGGCUGUGGCUUUGGCGGCCUGCUCGUCGCCCUGGCACCUCUCUUUCCGGAGACGUUAAUGCUCGGCAUGGAACUACGAAUCCAAGUCACAAACUACGUGAUUGAUAGGAUCGCCGCGCUUCGAGCGCAGAAUUUGCAGCAAUCGGCUGCCGCCGACGACGACGACGACGACGACGAUCAGGACCAAAAUCAGAAGAACCCCGCCGCCGCCGCCAGCCUGUACCAGAACAUCUCGGUGCUGCGGACCAACAGCAUGAAGUUCCUGCCCAAUUAUUUCACGCGGGCCCAACUGGCCAAGAUCUUCCUCUGCUUCCCGGACCCGCACUUCAAGCAGCGGAAGCACAAGGCGCGCAUCGUCUCGGCCCAGCUGAACGCCGAGUACGCGUACGUGACGAGGCCCGGGGGUCUGGUCUACACGAUCACGGACGUCGAGGAGCUGCAUCAAUGGAUGACCAAGCACUUUGACGGCGACGAGGCCGGUGACGCCAGAGAAUUGUGGGAGCGCCUGUCGCCGGAAGAGCUCGAGGCGGAUCCGUGCGUCAAGAUCAUGAGCGAGGAAACGGAGGAGUCCAAGAAAGUGACUAGGAACGGGGGGAAGAAGUUCAUUGCCGUCUUUCGAAGGAAGAAUGAUCCCGAGUGGCCUGGCUGA